GGAGAGAGAUGAUUCAUGUGUUCCUGCAAAGGAAUUGACUUGAGUCGAUUUGACCUAAGUCAAGGCAAUUUGAAUGGAUUGAAACGACUAGUGGAUUAAUUGGAUUUGAAAUAAUUCGAUUCAUUAUCAAAAUUGCCUAAUAAUAAAAACCAAAGGAGUCUAUUACUGAAGUGUAUAGAGGAGAGAAGGUGAAUCGUGAAACCGCCAUUGUUAUACAUACAACAGGUACAGAGGAGAGAAGGUCAAACGAGGGGUAGAGAUGCAGACUCCACCUUCCCCGCUUUGAACAGCCACUGAAAGAGCUCCUCUUCGAUCCCUCUCCAUUUCCUCCUCUUCCUGGAGAUUUCUUCGUCGAGCGAACCGAGGGCUUCGAAAGGGGGAAAGAAUAGACGACGGACCUUGGACCCAAUACGUCGCCAUUUCUCGUUAUCCGGACUUGGUAAAAUCGAUUUCAGUUCUUAGGGUUGUAUCUGUUACAGAUUGACGGAUCGCACUUUUAACUUAAGAGUAGUAGUUCUGUGUGUUUUAGGGUUUUUCUUAAUUAUCUGAAAAGCGAUUUGUUUUGACGAAUUUGGUCAAAAGCGUUAGGUCUUUUAGUUAGUUCCUUCUUGGAAAUUCGAUUUUUCGCUGUAGAUUCUCUACCAGAUUAGAUCAGUGCGGUGCCCUUUUGACUUUUUCUUGCUUCUCUUGUACUUUUUCGCUGUUCUGUAAUGCAAAGUCGUGCCUUUUUGUGAUGAUUGGUAUCAUUACUUCCCUCAAUUUAUUCUCGUCGGUGUCUACUUUUUCCUGUGGUUUAGAAUAAGUCAAACAACUUUUUUGAUAACUUUACCAAUUCUGAUUAGUGUCUACUGUGCAAACAAUUUUUGGCCUGAACUCAUUGUAUGUAAUGAAGAUUGUUCGCCUCGAGGCUACUUAACAAGUAGUUGCAAGUUUGAGCUCUUUAAGAAUCCGCCUUCCUCGAAAUUCCAGAAAUCUUCUCAUCUCGUCAGACAUAUUUUGCAGUAGAUUUUUUUUGAAUCGAUGAAAGCUAGGUUGACUGCAAAGGCAAUCCAAGAUCUAGUUUCUCAACUACCUUCAGUUUGACAGACCAAGUUACACUUUCUUUUGUCAUUUCUUCUUAUUUUAUUUAAUGUUUUUGGAUUUCAGCUAGGCAUGCAACUAUAGAUAAGAAAUAACUGACACAAGACUGGAACGAAACUUCUCCUGGAACAUCUUUAAGAUGGUGUGAGUGCUUAGCUUAAUGCUAAUAUAGAUUAAGUACAGUAAUUCUGUCUUUCCUUUUUGCAUCGAUUCAGGAUAUUUACAUCAAGAGUUGUGUUUAUCCAUUAUAGUGGAAUUUGCUGUAAUUAAUUUCUUAGAUGCUAUUGCGGUUUGAAUUUGUUGUCGUCGUUAUAGCAGGCCAUCAAUCAUUGCAGUGGCUGCUAUGCUUUUAGCCUUAGCGACGCUUUAAGCCCCAACCCUUGUGAUUGAUAGGGAGGUUCAUAUAAAUUGAUAAUCUGGAUGAGGGCAUAAAUUGGAGGUUUAUGUUCCAUACAUCGUGUUCUUAUGCUCGAUGGGGAGGAAAAUCUUCUAAUUAGUGAAUAUGAUGAAUAAGAGCAUUUUUAUUUGACAUAUUUUUUUCUUUUAUGUUUGUGUCAUGGAUAGGCUUGCUAUCAUAUUUGUUUAUUAUAAAUAGGACUAUAAUGAAAGUGAAUCUUGAUACAAUUGCUCCUUUAUGAUCUAGGAGAUUAGGGUUGAGUCAUAAAUUUAGUCUCUUUAAAUAUUAGAGGUUGGAUUGCGUAGUCCUGUGUCAGCAGGAGCCUUGUACACUGAAUUGGCCCUUCUAUAGAUGGUACUAUGAUAUGUUGUGGAUGAUUUUGAGAUUUUGCUAUUUGAUAAUAUUUGUGUUGUUGAUGAUCAUGCAACAUUUUGAUAUAUUGAUGUUGGAUGGUAUCUGUAUUUUAGAUUAAAUUGUGUCAUAAAUUGUAUUGUUGAUGUUUUGGUUUUGAUCCUUGCUACAUGAAAUUACUUGAAUUCUUAACAGUAUAAAAUUGUGGUUUAUAUUAGUGAUCCACUUUGUACUUACGGUGCCUUUUUCACCAUGAUAACCCUUUACCACUUCAUGCCUUACCAUAAUGUUGCAAAGAGAAAAGGUUGAAUUAGUUGCAAAAUAGGUUUCCACCCUUGAGAGAAAUCCAUAUAAAGCAGAUUGUUGUCAUCCCUGUUUUCCUGACUACAAUUGUUCUUUAGUGAUGAUCCAAGCAUUAACCUUCAUUCUGAGUGGACUCCCCUUAUAUUAUGAAAUUUGGCGGCAGGGAUAGUUUUUUUUAAUCAAAUUGGAAUUGGUUCCAACUUGAGAGUUAGGGCAAAUGUGGAGAUAUGAAGUUUUACAUCAACGUUAGGGUUGAAACUGUUUGGUAAUGUUUCAGAGCACAAAGUAGGAUAGGCCACAAAUUACAAGGAUACUGUAAGAAGUUUCUCUACAUUACUAUGAAUAUUGCUGGGCUUGAUCAAUAGUGAUAAGUACAAUGUUGUGUUGAAAGAGGACCACUACAUGAUAAAUAGGCACUUAGGCAAGCUAGGUUAGGCAAGAUUUAUGGUAUUUCGCCAAUUCCCUAUAUGAUCAUAUUGAUAUUGACAAGGCCAAUCCAGUUUCUCAGUCUUAAUAGCCGGAAGAAAAAGAUCAUUCAGAAUAAAACUGCCAAGCCUGUCACAGCUGAUUUUCUAGUUGAAAUAAGAAAAAGAAUAGGAAUAGAAGAAAAAGGAGGGAGAGGAAGAAAGUCAAGAUUUAAAUCUCAAAGUCUGUAGGUCUGGCAAUGAGCUUAAACGUGACACCUCACAUGCCUCAAAUGGACAUGUGCACUGCAGGUUGCCUUUAUAUGGCAUUAUUUGAAUGGUAUUAUUUGAAUUAUGAAAAUCAUGUUGGAGUUCAUGAGGUAAUUUUGAUUAGCUCUUUGUUGUAUUAAACUGCUAAAAUUAGAGACUCGUGAUGGCUUACUUGAUGAGGAUUAUAUUUUCAUUUUUUCUUUCUCCUAUAUUAAGAUGGCUCACCCUGCAUGUUUUCAACUGCUGUGUUAGCUAUGGUUCUUCCAUGAGCACUGCACUGGGAGUAGCAAUUUAGGAGAGUUUAAAGAUGGACAACAACGGAGAUGAGCAGCAGAACCAGGACUAUCUUUUUAAAAUUGUUAUGAUUGGUGACUCUGCAGUUGGAAAAUCAAAUUUGCUUGCGAGGUUUGCGCGGAAUGAAUUUUAUCCAAAUUCCAAGUCAACUAUAGGGGUUGAAUUCCAAACUCAGAAGAUGCAAAUUGAUGGGAAGGAAAUUAAAGCUCAGAUUUGGGAUACUGCUGGUCAGGAACGUUUCAGGGCCGUGACAUCUGCAUAUUACCGUGGUGCCGUAGGAGCUCUUGUGGUGUAUGAUAUCUGCAGACGUCAGACUUUUGACAGCAUCGGUCGUUGGCUGAAUGAGCUACAUACACACUCUGAUAUGAACGUCGUGAUCAUUUUGGUCGGCAACAAGACGGAUCUCAAGGAUGCAAGGGAAGUUGGUACAGCAGAGGGCAAGGCUCUGGCUGAAGCUCAAGGUCUCUUCUUCAUCGAAACAUCUGCACUGGACGACUCCAAUGUUGCAGCAGCCUUUCAGACCCUAGUGAAAGAGAUCUACCACAUCCUAAGCCGGAAAGUAUUCCAAUCUCAAGAACAGAAAAAAGAGCUGUCAUCGCUAGGUAGUGGGAACCCUGUGGUCUUACAGGGGGAUACAAAUGAUGGAGCCAGUACAUUUAGUUGCUGCUCUUCUUGAAACCAGUUGUAUUGCAUUAUACAGACUUUUCAAUCCAAAUUCACUUGAUUUCAUUUUUUUCCUUCAUUGUAUUGGGGGUAUAGGGGCAAAUUUCCUAGUAAUUGGUAUACUUGUGGAAUGGCUAUUGCCCAUUUGCUAUGUUGAUUUGUUGUCGACAUCCUUCUUAAUUAUGUAAAUUGAGUUAAGGUAAUGUGGAUUGGGCAUUUGCUGCUGCUCCA